GCCGAUGCCACCGACAUUCCGCCGCGGCGUCCUUGCUCGAUCGCUCACUUUCUCCAUCGUUGACGGGCUUCUCCUCCUCCUCCUCCUCUCCCCCCUCGUCGCCGCCGUAGCCGGGGGGCGCCGCGGCGAAGCCGCCGAUGCGGCCGGGUCCAGCCGCGGACGCCGCCUUCGUCGAUCCACGCCGCGCCGUUGGUAGGAAGAACAUGCUAUGUGUUUGAGCAAAGAUUUUCUGAAUUAGUCGUCUCCUGCAGCAGGCUAUUAGGUUAUUAGUGCAAGACAACUUCCUAGUUCAUUUUGUAAAUUGUAACUCUUCGCACAAACAGUCAAAUAGUCUCCACUCUCCAGUGGCUAUUGACCAAUCACCAUGGAGACCCCGACAAAUCUCACCAACACAAUAUCUGCAGUUCACCUGUUAAAAAUCAAUGGAUAUUCAGUAACCAGAGCACUUGGUUGUUCAGAGUAUAUCUCGUCGAGGAGAUUGGCUGCAGGUGGAUAUGAUUGGGAAGUUCUUUACUAUCCACGCUAUUAUGAGCAUGGUGUGUACUGGAUAGCACUUCGACUUAUGUUUAUGAGCAAGGAAUGUAAGCAUGAGGUGAAGGCAGCUCUUAAAUGUCAGUUAGUACAUGAGGCACAAAUUUAUCUGCCAUCCGGAAGUAAAAGUGUAUCCUCUAAAUAUACAGGGCAACGAGAUUGCGGGCCAGCGCUCCUGCUUGUAAAACAAGAUGAUUUGCCAGGAUCCAAUUAUUUCAUCGGGGAUUCCUUUGUUGUGGAGUGCACCAUCACUGUGUUAAGAGAGCCACAGGAAGCUGUGACUAAUGUUUCUCCAAAUGUUUCCAAUCCAUGCUGUGACUUGCAAAUGCACCUUGGUGAACUCUUGCUGAGUGAAAAGGGGGCAGAUGUCACGUUUGUUGUUGCAGGUGAAUCUUUCUUGGCACACAAGAUCAUCCUCGCUGCUAGAUCCCCUGUCUUCAUGGCUGAGUUCUUUGGACCCAUGAAGGAGAGUAGCUCACAGUGUGUGGAGAUCAAGGACAUAGAGGCAUCAGUCUUCAAGGCCAUGCUUCAUUUCAUUUACACUGGUACAUCACCGGAGCUUGAUCAGCAGCAUGUCGUCAGUGACUCGGAGCAGGACAUCACAACAAUGACACAGCAUUUGCUUGUUGCUGCAGACAGGUAUGGAUUGGACAGGCUCAAACUGAUCUGCCAAGAUAGGCUCCACGAUGACAUCAAUGUGGAGACUGUUGCGACAACUUUGGCUUUCGCAGAGCAGCAUAGCUGUACACAGCUGAAGGACAGGUGCAUCGAGUUCAUCAUCUCUUCUCGUGCAAAUCUUGAUGCUGUUAUGGCAACAGAGGGUUAUAAGCUUGUGAUAGCAAGCUGCCCGUCGGUUCUAAGUACCCUUCUGAGGGCAGCGGUUGGGAGAUAGAAAGUGCUAAAUAGCUGAAGAUUUACCACUACAAGGAAAGCAGGAAUACUGGUUGGAAAUGCAAUUUCCAAGGGGCACUCCUGCAAAUUAUUAAAGGGAAGUACUGCUCACCAAAAGGCAGUCUUUCGUAACCUAUAUUCAAUAGGAAAAAUGAGAAAUUAAUGGGAAAAAUGUACAGCAAUAAUAAAAUUCAAGUGACAGUAUAUACCAUAGAAGUGCAUUAAGGUCCCUGCAAAAACAAAAGAAAAAGAAGUGCCUCAAGGAACUCCGGGAAAACAGAAGAAGAGGAUGGUCCAUGAGCAACCUAUGAUUUGAGAAACAAAACCAGUUAGUAUGUUCUUAUUUCUAGGGAACCAUAAUAGCAUUUCUUUACUUACAUAAGAAUUGAGUUUGUGCAUUAGGCUUGUUCACUGUGUACUCCAGCCACUGUAUCCGACUUCCUUGUUGUUGACAACAUUUGUGACUACCUCAUGAGUAAUAUCAUGUACUUGCUGAUGUGUGUACAGUGACUGUCUCCCAUUGUUUAGGAUGUUGCAGGAUGGUGCACAUGUUGAAUCAACCCGAUCUCUAUCUAUAUUUGGUGUGAUGCGUUUGAGGUUUGGGAUUUAUGGAUCCUAUUGAUGUAAUAUAAAAUAAAUGUAUGUGCCAAUCUCACAUGCAUAUUGUGA